AUGUCAGAUAGCGGCCCAAGUAAACCGAUACGGCGGAGCGAUUUUGAAAUAGCGAUUGUCUGCGCCCUGCAAAUCGAAUAUGAUGCCGUGUGCCUGCUAAUUGACGGGUUCUGGGAUGACGAGGACUUUAGACGAGCAGAGGGUGAUCAGAACAUUUACACAACGGGUCACAUCAGCAAUCAUAAUGUUGUCAUUAUUCUCCUUGCCAGCAUGGGCAAGACCAGCGCCGCCACUGCAGUCGCAAAUAUGCGAAUGAGCUUCACCGCCAUUCAACUGCUCCUGCUUGUUGGAAUCUGCGGCGGAGUCCCAUUCCCUUCCGGCCCACGGGGGGAAGAAAUUCUACUAGGUGAUGUGAUCAUUGGCGAUGAAGUCAAACCCUACGACUACGGCAAACAGUAUCCAGAUGGAUUUCAACGUUCGGAAAGCUUUGGAUACGGCGCAAGCAAUUUCAACAGGGGUAUCCGUGGAUUAUUGAAUUUCCUAAAGACAGACCGAGGCACGCGGCUUCUUGAAGAUCGAAUAAGUCUCCAUCUGCAACACUUUCAGGAAGUAGCUAGUAGCUGCACAAAGGUCAAAUAUGCUUAUCCCGGAGCAGUGGAGGACAAACUUUUUGCUUCAGAAUAUCGCCACAAACAUCAUCAGCGUUCACCAUGUAUUUGUCGUGGCUGUUUUAACGAUUCAGAUCCAGUAUGUGAAGAAGCUAUCAAGGCCUCAUGCGUUGAGACGGAUUGCGAUACAAGCUGCACCAUCCCAAGACAAAGGAUAACCGCAAAGCAAAUGCUGGGACCAGACAUGAUCAAUGAAGCUCAGCGCCCAACAAUUCACUUUGGGCGUCUUGCGUCAGCUGAUAUGGUCUUAAAAUCCGCAAAAGAUCGUGAUACGCUGAGUCAAGAACUCCAGGUUAUUGGAUUCGAAAUGGAGGCUGCUGGGUUUUACAACGAAUUGCCAUAUAUCGUCAUUAAGAGUGUUUGCGAUUACGCCGAUUCACACAAAUCCAAGGCGUGGCAGCCAUUCGCGGCCGCAACGGCCGCAUCUGCGUGCAAAUCGCUAUUGGAGCGGUACCACCAAACUGAUCCAAUUCUAAAAGAGAAUUCUAGAGGCCACAAACGUGCCAGAGAAGAUGACACACAUUCAACCAUUUGCGUUAUCCCAUUGCUCAAGAACGAGCGCUUCGUCGGCAGACAUGAUGUCUUGAAAGAGCUUAAAGAAAUGUUGUUUCAUAAACAAAACUUCAGCCGGGCAGCACUGGUGGGAUUGGGUGGCAUCGGCAAAACGCAAGUGGGCUUACAACUUGCAUACUUGAUGAAAGAGGUAUUGCGUGAUGAAAAUGGAAACGAAUGUUCAGUCCUCUGGAUUCCAGCUCUAAGUAUGGCGACAUUCGAACAAGCCUGUGCUGAUAUCGCGAGACACAUACCUCGGCCAAGAGGAAUGGAGAGAGAUGAUAAGAAGAUUGUCAAGGACUAUUUUAGCACAAAAGCGGCAGGAAGAUGGCUUCUCAUCUUGGACAAUGCAGAUGAUCAUGACCUCAUAUUCGGACACAGUUCAGCGCCUGGAGGCCUGUUACAACAUCUACCUCGAAGCGACUUGGGCUGCAUCUUAACUACUACUCGCGAUCGUCGAGUAGCUGUUGGCUUUGCUGAAACUAAUGUCGUGACCCUGUCAAAAAUGGACAUAAAUGAAGCAGAAACCUUUUUCCGAAAGUCGUUGCUUAAGAAAGACUUUAUUAACGCUGAUGAAGCCAUCAGGUCAUUGCUUGAGUUUCUCGAAAGGAUGCCACUGGCCAUUGCUCAAGCAGCGGCAUAUAUAAAUGUCAAUCAAGUCACAAUCCAUGAGUUUCUUGGCCUCCUGCGGGACGUUCCACAUGAUCAAAUUAGUGUCUUAGGUCGGCACUUUCAAGAUUCGACACGAUAUCAAGGAUCCCAGAAUGCAAUUGCUAAAACAUGGUUGGCAUCAUUUGACAAAAUCACUCAAACGGACCCAACAGCGGCAAAAUUGUUGGUAUUCAUCUCGUUCAUUGGAUAUAAAGGCAUACCGCGGUCUCUGCUUCCCAAGGGGGAAUCUCGGGAAGAGUUUCUGCAUGCUAUAGGCACUUUACUCGGCUAUGGAUUUCUAACCCUGCACCAAGAAGACUUUUACGACAUGCACAGACUUGUACAUAUUGCCGCUACUGUAUGGGCAAGGGAAAGAUCUGCACACACCACCUAUAUGAAUAUGAAUCUUGCCCUAGCACAUAUCGCCUCAGUCUUCCCGUAUACUGAGUACGAGGGCAGCAAGGAAAAGAGGGCAUAUCUUCCGCAUGCGCUGAAAAUUUUAAAAGGCAUUUUGUGCUCUAAGAAUGAAUACUCUCAAAUUCUAGCCGCUCUGGUGGGGAGAUUCUUGCUGCACGAAGGAAGAAUCUGUGAAUCUAUAUCAUUGUUGGAAUACCUGGUGGCUUACUCCCGGAUGCGAAAGGACGACCCAGUUUGGUUAUUACUUCAACGUGAUCUUGCAAGAGCAUAUUGUGAAGAUGGACGAAUCAAAAAGGCGAUAUCGAUCCUAGAAUGUGUGGUACCUAUGCAUGAAAAGGUCCUGGGUGAAGAGCACCUAGAAACAGUAACAUCACGGCAUAGCCUCGUGAUGGCAUAUGUUGAUGAGGAACAAUUCAAGAAAGCGACAUCAGUACUGACGGCUAUUGAAGAGAAAGCCCUGAGAACAAACCACCAGGAUCCCCUGGUAUCGCAUGAGUUGACAAGCCUACAUACCUGGGGAGGGACUGAUGAGGCGAUUUCAAUUCUAGAGCGCGUGGUGGCCAUGUGGGAUAAGCACUUCAAAGACCAUCCAAAUCACCUGAUAGCACAACACGAGCUGGCAAUACGAUACUACAAGUACGGACACAAAGACAAGGCAAUUCUAAUGCUAGAGCGCGUGGUGGCCCUGUGGGGGCACAUAGAACACCCAUAUAACGUCACAUCGCAGCUAUGUUUGGGGAGGAUGUAUCGCCAAAAUGGACAGAUUGAAAAGGCAAUUGGGACACUCGAACGCGCGGCGGUCAUAGCAGAUAAGUGUUUCAAAGACGAUACAAUGGAUCUGAUGAUGAAGCAUGAGAACGCAGAUGAGCUGUUAAUACAGCGUGAGCUUGCACAUGCAUAUUAUGAGAACGACCAGCCGGAGAAAGCGUUGCCCCUGCUAGAGGAUGCUGCAUCAAUACUAAGGAGGAUACUUCCAGAAGAUAAUAACUUACGUAUUGAAUCUGAGGAGGUUCUUGCUCGAAUGCGUAAAUCUUUGGAAGAAGGAGGAACAUAGUGAUAGUAGAGAAAUCUAGCGAUAGUAGAGAAAUACAUCGAUAAUAGAGGAAUAUGAC